ACUACCACUAUACUGGAAUGCCCAAGAGUGACCUCAUAAAGCAAGGGUUCCUUUUGUGGGCUCUGCUCUGUGGCCUCUCGGGAUCUAGAUGCCAAGGAGUUCUCUAAGCAUAGAUUUUCUGUUGGAUGAUUAAAGCAAAGAAUAAAAAUGGAAAAUUUUUUUGGGAAAAUGCCUCAACAGUUUCAUUACCAGAAGGACACAAGAGUCAUUUCAAGCUCGCUGUUGGAUAAUGCCUCAAUGCCAUUCCAUUCGAGAUUCGGGAGCUUUCAAAGGAAAGAUCCUCAAUGUCAGGAAUUUGUGAAGAGAGUCAUAAUGAGUCAUCUCUUUAAGAUAAUUAUGAUUAGUAUCGUCUCCGUGAAUGCCUUUUUUGUGGUCUUGUGGACUGAUUAUAAUACAAGAUACAACUUAUUCACACUUUGUGAGGUCUCGGAGCUCAUCUUUGUGUCCAUCUAUAGCUCUGAGUUCUGCAUGAAGCUCUACGUGGACCCCAUCAACUACUGGAAGGAUGGCUACAACCUGCUGGAUAUAAUCAUUAUCAUCAUUAUCUUCAUUCCUUACAGUCUCCGCAAAUUCAAGGGCAAGCACUACCCCUACCUCAACAUUGCUGACGGCAUUCAGUCCCUGCGCAUCCUCAAGCUUAUCACCUAUAGCCGUGGCAUCCGGACACUCAUCACCGCCGUGGGGCAGACAGCCUACACCGUGGCCUCCGUGAUCAUCCUACUCUUCGUCCUCAUGUUCAUCUUCGCCAUCUUGGGCUUCUGCCUGUUUGGAGUUCCAGACAGGGGUGACCCGAAUAACUGGGGGAACCUGGCUGUGGCUUUCUUUACCCUCUUCAGCUUGGCCACGGUCGAUGGCUGGACAGACCUACAGGAACAGUUGGAUAAUCGGAACUUGGCUCUCAGCCGGGCAUUCACCAUCAUCUUCAUCUUGCUUGCCUCCUUCGUCUUCCUCAGCAUGUUUGUGGGUGUGAUGAUCAUCCACACUGAGGACUCCAUUAAAAAGUUUGAGCGGGAGCUGAUGGCGGAGAGACAUGUGACACUCAUGGAGGAGAAGCAGGUGAUUGUGAAGAGGCAGCAGGAAGAGGUCAACAGGCUGAUGCAGACACAGAAAAAAGGUGACUACAAAAGUUUCAGUGAGCUGGUAGAGAACUUCAAGAAGACCCUGCGGCACACUGACCCCAUGGUCUUGGAUGAUUUUGGCACCAGUCUGCCCUUCAUCGACGUCUACUUGUCCACCCUGGACAACCAGGACACUACGAUCUGCAAGCUUCAGGAGCUGUACUGUGAGAUCGCACAUGUGUUGAGCCUGAUGCUUGAAGACUUGCCGCAGAAGAAACAGUCCCAGUCCUCUGAAAAGGCCACUGAGCAGUAGGGGGCGUGGGCACCAGGUGCCAGUGUGACCUGCAGGGCGUGACAGGCCCCCCCAUUAAACACAAGCUUUCUGAACUGA